CAACGGCGUUUGUACUACCACAUCUGCCAGCCUCAAUGGUCGGGAACAUACAUCGGGAACAUACACAGGUGCGGGGAGCGAUUGCUAUCAAGUAGCACCUGACUAAUUAUACGCAUAUGCAGCGAUGCCCAAAGAGAACUAUUUCGGACGGUACCAUGCCUCUCAUCUCUCCAACAUAUGGAGAAUGGUUAUAUUUAAUCCCGCCGUCGCUUAAAGCUUCUCUAGAUAAAUCCAUAUGCAUUUCAACGUCGUUAUGGAAGCCCUCAAGUCCCCGAACCCUCUCUUUUUCCGCGGCCAGGCUCCAACGCUAUCCGAAAAGCUCGACGAACUACCAUCUGCUCAUGCGGACCCAAGCAAAGCCAUUAAGACAUAUCUGCUCGAACGGAGUGCCGAAUUUCGAGAGAUUAGCGAGCUCCGUCAAAGGGGAUGGGACAACCCCGAGGGAGACUCGUUCUUUCAGAAGCAGCGUCAGAACGCCGACAAGUCCGACGACCGGACAGCUGCGUACUUCUUCCAGCUUAUGAGACGCAUUGGACACGAGCUUCAUCGAUCUACGGGCGCCUUCGCCGUACAGAACAGCUCACCAUAUAUCCUCGACAUGUGCAUGGCGCCAGGGGGGUUUCUCGAAGUCGCUCUGAGCAAAAUUCCGAACUCUAGAGCCUUGGCUUUUAGUUUACCCGUAUCUGACGGCGGCCACAAGGUCUUACUCCGUACGAAGUCGGAAGUUGAGAUAAGGUAUCUCGAUGUCACCAUGCUUGCGGCAGAGAUGGGGGUCGAGGAAAUUCCCAAGGACCACCCCGAUACCGAUAGGUUUCUACCGCGUCAGCUCGAGCCGCAGCAAAUUUUCGACCUAGUCUUCUGCGACGGCCAGGUUCUUCGGACGCAUACGCGGGCCCCAUAUCGACAGCGGCGAGAAGCGAAGAGGUUGUUAGCCACGCAGUUGGCUCUUGGACUCGAGCACUUGCGACCAGGGGGGACCAUGAUUGUUCUUCUCCACAAGCUUGAGGCGUGGGAUACCGCAAAUAUCCUGUGGAGAUUCUACAAAUUCUCUACCGUCAAACUUCUAAAGCCCAAGUCAGGCCACGCCAAACGUUCUUCCUUUUAUAUGGUAGCUACGGACGUCCAAAGCUGCCAUCCUCAGGCUGUUCGAGCGAUCGAUAUUUGGAAAGCUACGUGGAAAGUAGCCACGCUCGGCUCAGACGAGGAGUAUCUGCGCAUGAUAUGGAACGGCGAGCUUGGUGUGGAGCAGCUGCUCGACGAUUUUGGACUGGAGCUCAUAGCGUUGGGAAAGGAAAUUUGGAAAGUCCAAGCAGACGCGCUGGCGAAGGCGCCUUUCAUCCAAGAUACUUCAGCUAGCCGGUAGUGUGAAUACAUCAGUAUAAACGUUACCUCUUUGAUUAGGGUUAAUAAGUACGGCAAGUCAGCAUUCUUCUUUGGAUUGUUCGAUGUGGACUCUUUCAAUCAAUAUGGCUGGCGGUUUUGUUAGUAUGGCAAGCUGCCACAUUGGCGACUGUAACUUGUUUCGUGCUAUAUCAAUUGUAGGGGGUUGGCAUACGCGAGGGCGGACCAGAAAAAUAAGAAUAGCUCCAGGGUACCGAAAACAAGGGACGAAGCAUCUACUGAGCACUGCUAUAUGACAUCAAAAUACAAUCACAGCGUUAAUCAAAGGCUUGCAAAUUACUAUUAUAUUACUGC